AUGGCUCCCCACGAAUUCGACAUCAAGCAACAACUCACGAAAGCCGUCAUUCUCUUGAAGCAAAGGAACAAACUACUGAUAGUCGCGGACUCUGAUCCAGAUGUGUGGGAGUUCUACGAUCAUCACAAGAAAGGCGAAACCAGGCAAGCGUUUGCACCAAUCUUGACUGCCCCCUUGAGGGAGAAAAAGAAGGAAGGACAGAAGAAGAAUCUGGCUCAAACUCAAAUUUGGAAGUCAAAAUUUCGGCCAUAUAAGCCACACCAGCAGCCCUUUCGAGUAGGGGAAGCGACUUGGACACCCGCUUCUCCCUACUUCCAACCUUACUCGCGAUCACCUCCAUUUGCCCUACAUGCGCAACGAUCAGAAUUCACUGGACCCUUUGGGUCGCACUUGCCAGAGCAAUCAACGAGUCCGAGGCUGAUGUGCUGCGACUGUGUGGAUAAAACGUAG